AAUCGAACUGAAAAGCUGUUUUCAGAGAAUGUGAAGUGAUCUGUGACUCAGAAAAGCCAUGAAGCAGAUCUGUGCGCUGCUAGAUAUAAGCCAUUGCGUUUUUUACAAUGACUUGAAAAUGAAAAGAAGAUUCAUUGGAUUUCAACACGCACCAUUCCUCCUUAAAUCCAGGAUGAGAGAAUUUAAGUUGUUUGAAAUGCUGUCAGCAUUGAUCUUGGAAUUACUUUGUGGAACUUGAUAUCAUUAAGAAAUUAGGGUUAAGAUGCUUUCGGGACAUUCAAGCAGAUGUGACCAAUAUUCUCCUUUGGAAAGGACUUUUAAUGCCGGAUAAUCCUCCAUACAAUAAAGGGGCCUUCUGGAUUGAGAUAAGUUUUCCAUGUGAGUAUCCACUCAGGCCUCCUACAAUAAGGUUCAAAACCCAGAUCUACCACCCCAAUGUGGAUAAGAAGGGUAAAUGCUGCCUGCCAGUCAUCAGCGAAAAGAACUGGGAGCCUUAUACAAGGAUAGAGCAAGUAAUUUAUGCCUUGAUAGAGCUGGUAAAUAAGCCUGACAUAGACCACCCAGUGAACCUAGAAGUGGCCAAGGAGUUCAAGGAAGAACAUGAGAGAUUCCUGUUACAGGCUGAAGAUCACACCUGCAAAUUCAGUGAGAAGCGGCCAUGCGAGUGACCUGUGCUCACCGAUUGGAGUCUACCUUAUAUAAUUUUUAGCCUCAAAAGUCUUUGUUUACCAAUGGGAUGGUAGAGAAGAGGGACCAGACAAAAAAUAUGCAUGAUGUAAAUUUGGACUUUUCAGAGUAAAUGAAAAAGGGGGAUGGGAGGGGGGAAAAGAAAGAAGACGGUAAGAAUAAGUGUACAAUUAUGAUGAUAAUACUGAUAGAACAAAUCUGAAAAGAAAUUGAAAGUUUAUACUAUUAGAAUACAGGAGUUGUUCGGAUACCAAACAAGGAGAAUAUUCCACAGCAAAGAAGAUAGGAAGGAGAGAGGAGUAGAGGGUAGGAAGAGGAGAGGGAGGGAGAGGAAUGGAAGAAAGGGAAAAGGAGAGGAAGGAAGGUAGGGGAUAGAAGUAGGAGAGAAGGUGAGUAGAGGGAAAAGAAGAGAGGAGUGGGGAAAGGAAGGGGAAGUAGGAUGAGGGAGGAGAGGAGGAAGAGAAAGGAGGAGAGGAGGGAGGGAAGGAAAGAGGAGAAGAAGAAGAAGGGUUGUUGCAAAAUGAGGGAAGAAAGGGUAGAAGAGCAACUCCGAAUGUAAUUAAAAUGCCUUAUUUUAAUGCUUUCUUUAAGGAAACGUAUAUGUAGGAUUAAUUAUGUAUAAGAAAUGUACAUUUUAUAUUAUGUGUAUAAGAAAUAAAACUGAAAAAUUUUUCCAAAAAAAAAAAGAAAGAAAGAAAGAAAGAAAGAAAGAAAGAAAAUUCGGACUUUUCUGAGUUUAAAGCCAGAACUACUCAUUUGGGGAACAUUUAGAUGCUUGAAUAAGCAUAGGUUCAAAGUUAAGAUACAGAUGAAUGCAUCUGAAUUAAGUUAAAAAUCUCUGCCUGUUCAUGGUACGGAUGAAAAUCCAUGUUACUUUCCCCAUCCUGGAGCUAAAAUCUGUUACCUGAAAGGAUAGUUCUGGCUUUAAAGUCAGUAUUGGAUUUCAAUAAAUUUCAUAUUGAACUGAAGAGAGAACAUAAUUUUCUAAAACAGAAUAAUAUUUUCCCUCAAAAGAACAGAACAAAUUAGAACAUUUGCAAAGUUACAGGAGUACAUCAUAGGAAUAAAGUUAGAAUUCCACAGAGAAAAAGUACUGAGUUUUCUGUUUUCCAAAUACUUUCCAAGCAAAGAAUGAUUUAUCAGGAACAGGAACAGACCAAUGGAAUACUUCUGGAAAAAAGAAUAUUGCAUUUGAUGCUUUGUUGCAUGCUAUUCCCUUGCUAGUAUAUCUUGCCUUGAAUGAAGAAAAUAAACACAUUCUUAAUUCUUUUUAAUUUGCUCUUCUUCGUAUAACUUUCCAUUUUCAUAGUCAUUCCUGUAGUACUUCAGGAUUGUUUCCAAAUCUUUCCUUUUCAAUACCAAAUUUAAUUUAUUUAAUAUAUUGUAGUGUUUCCCUUUUUUCUUAAACCUUAGCAAUUGCACAGGCUGUGUUGCUUUUUAACUUUCCUCCUGCCACCAUGAAAGUAUACGUUGAGCUGACUUUCUGUUCUGUAAUAAAUGUAGGUUAUAAUAUAUGAUAAAGAAUGAUACAUUACUACA